AUUCUUUCUUCGCAUCAAAGAAAAUACGGGCCAAACACAGCAUACGAAUUGGGAAACGCUAACGUCGAAGUUAGAACCAGAACAACCUUGCAAAGCACCACGCCUUCCUCCAUCUCUGACUCUCUCUAUUUCUUCGGUCUCCUCUCCAAUCCUGCUUCGCAAAUCUCUGUUCCCAGCUUGGCCCGAGCUGACUCAUUUUAACUCAAUAAAAAAUGAGUCAGGAAUCGUUCAUUUACAGCUUCGUUGCUAGAGGCACCAUGAUUUUGGCAGAGUACACGGAGUUCACCGGGAACUUUCCGGCGAUUGCAGCUCAGUGUCUUCAGAGAUUGCCUUCUUCUAAUGACAAGUUCACCUACAAUUGUGACCACCACACCUUCAAUUUUCUCGUUGAGGACGGUUAUGCAUAUUGUGUUGUUGCAAAAGAAUCUGUUAGCAAACAGAUAUCUAUUGCUUUUUUAGAACGCAUGAAAGCAGACUUCAAGAAAAGAUAUGGGGGUGGUAAAGCGGACACAGCUAUUGCCAAGAGUCUGAACAAGGAGUUUGGGCCAAUUAUGAAAGAGCACAUGAAAUAUAUCAUUGACCAUGCUGAAGAAAUAGAGAAACUAUUAAAAGUUAAGGCUCAGGUUUCAGAAGUUAAAAGUAUAAUGUUAGGGAAUAUUGACAAGGUUAUUGAUAGGGGUGAGACCAUAACGACUCUUGCUGACAAAACUGAGAAUUUACGUGAUCAGGCCCAAGCAUACAAGAAACAGGGGACGCAAAUCCGACGGAAAAUGUGGUAUCAGAACAUGAAGAUUAAGUUGGUAGUUCUUGGGAUUUUGUUACUUUUGGUUCUCAUAAUCUGGCUUUCCAUUUGCCAUGGAUUUGAUUGCACCAACUAGUAAUUCUUCAGCAUAUAGAGAUCUCAGGUGCACUCGUAUACAAGAAAGCUUUACAGCAACUUAUAUUUAACAGGGGGAGUUUUGGUUCCGUCAAAAUUGUUUCUUACCUUCUUGCAUCAGGGAGUCUGAGAACUGCCAUCUGAAGUUGUGGAAGAGGUGGAGAGCUGUUAAUUAUGUGCUGUACUUCCUGUAUCAAAUAUUACAGGAAAUUCUUUUAA